AUGCUACGUCAACUACAUCAGUCCCAAAGUCUUUAAACCAACGGACCCCAUAUCGGAAAAUAGCAGCACGUUCUUAUAUGGGGAAACAACGACUGCAGGACCGUGCAGCGCCAGCACCAACUCCAGCGCCAGCUCAGGGCCGCCAGCGGCACUACCGCCGCAGCCCUCCACCUCCUCCGCGGCGUCAGAGACAGCAGCGGUUUUGAGCAUUGACCACGAGACUUCAUCACAAUCUGCACAGCUCGCUAGAAUUGAUUGCCGUGCGAUUGUCAGGAAAACGCUAAUAGAACGACAUCUUUCCUCAAGAUCUGUGGAUAUCAUCUUAUCGUCUUUAGCUGACAGUACCUAUAAGCAAUAUGAUGGAUGUAUUAGGUCUUGGAUAACAUAUUGCGAGAAUAAAGAACUAAACUAUUGCUCUGCAUCGAUUCCAGAAAUUAUACAUUAUUUAAGUCAGCUUUUUGACCAGGGAGCAAAGUAUGGGACUAUUAACUCUCAUAAAUCAGCAAUAAGUUUAUUAAUGGGAAAUUCUAUUGAUGAUACCAGAGUUAAGAGAUUUAUGAAGGGAGUGUAUAGGUUACGGCCUCCCGCGCCUAAAUAUGAUAUAACUUGGGAACCUAAUUUAGUUUUGAAUUAUUUAAGCAAGUUAUGGCCCAACCAUACGUUGAGCUUAGAGGACCUUUCAAAGAAAGCUGUUACACUUAUUGCCUUGGUGACGGCUCAUCGUGUCCAGACGAUAUCUCUCAUAAAGACUAGAAACGUGUUUGUAAAUCAGGGUAGUGAAGUGAUUAUCAAAAUACCCGACUUUAUAGAGACUUCUAGGUUAGAUGCACAUCAACCUUUGUUAAAACUCCCCUUCUUCACUCCCCGGCCUGAAAUCUGCCCAGCAUUAUGCGUCUUAGCUUAUUUAAAUAGAACUGAGAAUUUGCCGGUAAAUAAUCAAGACAGAUUAUUUUUAAGUUACAAGAAACCUUAUAAAGAGAUAUCGACGCAGACAUUAAGUCGCUGGAUAAAGACUAUUUUGGCUAACAGUGGCUUGGAUACUACAAUAUUUAGUGCCCAUAGCACUCGCCAUGCAUCAACUUCGUCGGCUUAUAGGCUGGAAGUCAAUCUUGACAUUAUAAGGAGAACGGCUGGUUGGAGUGAAGCAUCUGGAGUUUUUGCUAAAUUUUAUAAUAAGGAAGUUAUUGUUAACGAUAAAAGCUCAUUUGCUCAAUCCAUUCUCAGCAACCAUUGUAACUAAGAUAAUUAGAUUAAUAAGAGUUUAUUACAUUCUAUUAAAGAAAAUAUACUUCUUAAAUGUUAAA